AUGCAAUAAUAACAAAUAUAAAAACAGAAUUUCGCUGCAUUAAAUUAAGAACAAGAACUCAAACUCCAACAACAACAAUAAGAAAUCCUGAGCAACAUGUACUAAAUAAAUCAAUAAUCUGCCAAUUCACUCGUGACUGUAUGCAAUUAAUCAUUUAUAUUAGCUUCACAAUCAAGGCGAAAAAAUUAAUCAAUUUGAACAAAACUUAGAUCAAAAUCAAUAGAAAUUACAUAAGAUCGAUUACAUCUUGGACGUCAUCAAAUCUCCAUGGGGCUAAUUUAAGGCUCUCUUCACUCAACCCAAACAAGAGAAGGUGGGAAAUCAAAAGAAAGAUGAUUAAAAACAACAAAUACAAUAACCACCUUAAAGGUAGGUUGAUGAUAUCUAUGAUGAGAUGAUCAAUUAAACUAAUUAAAUGAAAUACUAAUAACUUUUAACACAUCAAACCAUAACUAAUCAAAAUUCCUAAUUAGAUAGAAUAAACUAAAAGGCUGACAAGCAAACUGUCCAAAUGUCCAAAUAGAAUGAAAAAACAAAAAGUAUCAUUAAAUGAAUGCA